AAUAUAAAUAGUUGGUACUUGGUAGUGAGGACAUGGGACCAAGCUUCGACGUUUUGAAAUAAUUUGAGAUAAACAAAGUGAUAGAAAAUGAUAAGGUUUUGAGUUGAGAUAAGGACCGAAAGUUGAAAUAUUUUGGAAAACAAUAUAUCAUGUCGGAGAAAAAGAAAAAGUACCGAAUUACAACUCUGUCGGUUUUACUAAGCGAAACUUUUAGCGAACCCGAAAACGAGACCAUGGCGGCCACGGCUUUAGAUUCGGAAAUCACUAAAAGUGAUAAAUAUUCUAUAUUAUUACCUACUUACAACGAAAGAGAGAACUUACCUAUAAUAAUAUGGCUAAUAGUCAAUUGCUUAGACAAAAGUGGAUAUGACUACGAAGUGAUUAUAAUUGACGAUGGAAGUCCAGAUGGUACUCAGGAUAUAGCCAAACAGUUGCAAAAGAUAUAUGGGUCGAAUAAGAUCAUUCUUCGUCCGAGGGAGAAAAAACUGGGGUUAGGCACUGCUUAUAUACACGGCAUGAAGCAUGCGACCGGUAAUUUCAUUAUUAUUAUGGACGCUGAUCUUAGUCACCACCCAAAAUUCAUCCCAAAGUUCAUAGAACUGCAACGCGAGCAUGACCUUGAUGUGGUAUCUGGUACUCGGUAUAAGGAUGAUGGUGGGGUUCAUGGGUGGGACUUUAAACGGAAGCUGAUAUCACGGACUGCUAACUUCAUCACCCAAAUGUUGUUGAGGCCUGGUGCUUCAGAUCUUACGGGGUCUUUUAGGUUAUACAAGAAAGAUGUCCUCCAAAAGUUGAUAGACAGCUGUGUGUCCAAAGGCUACGUAUUUCAAAUGGAAAUGAUUAUUAGGGCAAGACAACUGGAUUACACUAUCGGAGAAGUCCCAAUCACGUUCGUGGAUCGCGUCUACGGCGAAUCAAAACUCGGAGGCUCAGAGAUCAUACAGUUUGCCAAAGCAUUACUGUACUUAUUUGCUACCACAUAAAGUGUUAUUUCCUACAUUCCUCGUAUAAAAUAUGUGUCAGUACAAGUUUUGUAUGUAUUACCAAGAUAAUAUAGUAGGUGUCUAAAUAUUGGAAGUUGUAUAAUUUCUUGCCGUAUUUUUUAUGAAUUUGCUUAACAUAAGCAAGCCACUGUAAUAAUUAAAGUGCCCAUUGAAUAAUAUUUCUUUUUAUUUACACAUAGUCAUUUUGGGCUAUUUUCUGCAAAAAAUAUGUUUGAAUUCAGUAAACAAACA